CUUCUGGUUCAGUAGGCAAACAUAAAUGGAAAUUUAGUUUCGGUUGUUACUCUGUUGUUUUGUCCCCCGUUGGUUUUUUAGAUGGAAUAGGAUGAUCUUAUUGGAGAUAGGACUCCUAUGGAGUACUUUUCUCUGCUAAGGACUUUCAAGAUGUUAUAACGGGAACUUUAUUUGAGAGUCCUGUGGAUUAACGGGAAAGCGGAAAUUGCUCGGAACCUUCUUGAUGCUGAAUCUUUGACAGACAUUAAUUUCAUCAUCACAUUGUAAAAGAAGAUGGGGACCAGAUACGAAGAGAUCAUGAAAACAAAAAAUUACUUGCCAUUCCGCAUGGGCUAUAUCACAGAAGAUAUGGUAGAGAAAGCUCGGAAAGAACUUGGGGAAACAGAGGAAGUUCGACUGAAUGCCAUAGCGGAAAUGAGGAAACUGGUUCAAGCGGAACCGAAACUCGUCUGCCGAACGGAUGACGCAUUUUUGCUGCAGUAUCUCAGAGCCCGAAAGUUCAAUGUUAAGAAGGCAUUCUCACUAUUACAAAAUUUUUAUGAAACCAAAGAAGCUUACCCUGAAGUCUACGAUAAAUUUGACGUUACGUCAGUCAGGAAAGUGUUCAAAACUUUAGCUUCGACAUGUUUGCCAUACAGAGAUGAAGAAGGAUGUCCAGUUAUUUUUCUGCAAUGGGGAAAAUGGAAUCCAGAUGAAUAUACAAUCCAAACUGCUCUCAGUGUCUUGACAGCAACAGCUUUAUUCUGCGUUCAAGAUCCCGCAACUCAAAUAUGUGGAGUCCGAAUCGUCCUUGAUGUCAGAGGGUCAAGUUUAAAGCAUCUUCGCUGCCUUACACCCAGAUACCUUCACCUCUUCUCCAAAGCUCUGAGGAACUGUUUGCCCAUUCGUUUUAAAGGCAUUCAUAUAUAUAACGAGUCUACAAUUUUCCAGUACAUAUGGUCUGUGCUGAAAAUUUUUCUCACAGAAAAAAUCAAGAAAAGGGUUCACUUCCACGGAGAUAAUCAAAAGAGUCUGCACAAGUUCAUUCCAAAGGCCAUUUUACCCUCAGAAUAUGGGGGUGACAACAUAAAUUUCAGUUCCAGCGAUUACUUCCCAAAUGAAAUCGAGAGCUUCUACGAGCAGUUCACCGAAUUGCACCAAACUGGCUACGAGAAGUAGUAACCUUAUAAGCUUCGACUAGGUCAUUAAUUAUAAUUUUUAAAGCUAGUUUUCGCUAUAUGGAACUAAGAUUAGUUGAUGACUGUCGAGCCGCUGAAAAAGGAACACUGUG